AUGUCCCAAACUUUACUGCCACACGACCCCAACACCACAGUCUCAGGUGAACCGCUGACUCUUGGGGAAAAAUCUUACGAUGCAAUUCAGCAAACUGCAUUUUCUUUUAAACCCAUUUCGAACAUUAAGCAAGCUUUGUGUGCCAUGCAUCCAUAUGCUGCAGAGCCGAGUCGAGUUGUGCCAGCCUAUCAUUACUGUACGCAUAACAUCAGCUCGGACCUUCACCAAUGCAUUAUAUUUGACUCUAAUGAGCCAAGUGCGCGAUUGAUUGGAGUUGAAUAUAUCAUCACGGAAAAAGUUUUCGAGACGCUUGACGAUGAAGAGAAGAGGCUUUGGCAUAGCCAUAAGUAUGAGAUUGAGUCUGGCAUCUUAACUAUGGUCGCAAAACAAGGGAUUCCUGGCGGCGUUGACGAUAUGUUGGAAAUACCAGCUCUCAAAGAUCUGCACACCACUUACGGAAAAACUUGGCAUCUGUGGCAAAUAGAUCAAGGACACUCGCUUCCUUUAGGUCUUCCAAGCCUUAUGAAGUCUUUCAACGGCCCUAGCGACGUUACUCCACAACUGAUUAGAGAACACGAAGAAAGGACGGGUACCAAUGUCAAAGAUAAAGCAGAAUAUCGUGCCAAGCAUCUGGACACCUCCUACAAAGUAAUGGAGGGUGCUGAUGCUAAAGGACCUGAGUUUCAGUUGAUUUUCAAGUGA